AUGAUGAACCCCUCUGCCGCUUCUAGGCGCACACCGGUGGUCUGCGGCUUUGAUCCGGCGCAGCCCGAGACUUGUGCCCAGCGUUUGGAGGAGUUGGAGCAGGCGGGGGGAGCGGAGGAGGGUGGAACAGCCUUGCGGGCGAGCGCUCGGGAAGAUGGGCAAAGGACUCUAGAGGCCAUCGAGACGAUGCUGGCGGACGCCAAUGGGCUGCCCGAGAGUGAGGAGGUCUUCGACUUCAAGCUGCAGCGGGAUUUGUGCCGUUUGGAGCAACACGUGACCUUCAACUAUGCCAUGAGCUGCAUCGUGAGCUCCAAAGCACAGGAGGAUCUUCUGCGACUGAACCCCUACCUCACGUACAAAGCCUCAGCAGUGCUCUGCCAUGCCCUGGCAGUGACCCUCUUGUCCGGGCGCCAACUUCAAGCUCGCAGGGCGGCUGAGCUAGCGCUCCGCCUCGCGCGGCGCUUGCGGGCCGGGAGUGAGGAGGUCACGACCCUUCAGCAGGAGCUCAGCUUCCUUGGCGAACUGUUGACCGAGCGACGGUGCUACAUCCGACAGGAGCAAGGAGCUUCCCAGACUGAACCAUCCUCUCUGAGACGAAGGGCGACGAGCGGGGCACGAGCGGCGGGGCAGGAGGCUGAUCAGUUCGUCUUGGAUCCACGCUUUCUCCUCUUUGAGUUCAUGCAGCACAUCGUCUUGCGCCCGCGCCAAGUGGAGAUGGUCGAUUGGUUUAUGCAGAGCUACAAAGAGGGCGAGUCAAGAGUUCAGCAGAUGAUCAUGGGUGCUGGCAAGACCACAGUGGUGGGCCCCUUACUGUCGACCAUGCUCAGUCAGCCAGAUGUCUUGGUGACGCAGGUCAUGCCUAGUCCCCUGUUGGAUCAAAGCCGGCAGAUUCUGCGGGCGUCCUUCUCCAAGCUCAUGCCCAAGCGCAUCGUGACCUUUCAGUUCGACCGGCAGGUGGACGAUUGCCCUGAGACCAUCAUGAAGAUCUACACAAAGCUUGAGGCUUGCCGUAGAGCUUGUGGCAUUGUGGUGAGUUCGCCCGAGUCGAUCAAGUCGAUGCUCCUGAAAUUCAUCGAACAGCUUCAUGCCUUGGCCAGCUAUGACUUCUCCACGCUGGCACCAGGCGCCUCGGUGCGCUCGGACCGCGAACUGGCACGGCAGCGGGACACCUUGGAGCGCCGCAGCGGCAUGGCGGAUGCCGUAGUACGGCUCAUCCAGCUCUGGAAGAUGCCCGGCAGGGUCAUCAUGGACGAGGUGGAUGUGUUGCUUCAUCCGCUGAAGAGCGAGUUGAACUUCCCCAUCGGCUUUCGUGAUCCGAUCGACUUGUCGGGCCACCGGUGGAACUUGCCGAUCCACCUCGUGGAAGGCAUCCUCUUUGCCGCGCAUGAGCAUCCGCUCGAGAGUUCUUUGCAGGGCUCCAUUGCGCAGGAGAUGGCAGCUGCUGGGAGCCUCAGAUGGAUGCUCUCAGCGGUCUGCUGA